GGGAAGCUCUGGAUGCCCUUUGUUUGAUGAGCAGAUCCAGCUCCCUCAGCUCAAUACACAGCAGCUGAGUGGAUGGCUGGGUACACGUGGUUUGCAGGCAGAAAGCAGCAGCCUUGAGUCAAGCAGUAUAUACAGUGCGGCUGGGAGGAAGCUGUGCAAUAUACAGGGGGAUCCUGGGGACCAGUAAAGGAGGGAGGCAUCCAGCUUGGCUCAGAAAUGCUACUUUAGAGCCAGGAACUUGAUGCUGCUGUCACCAUGCAGAGGAUAUACUGCUUCCCUGUGCUGUUCCUUUUACUAGUCACAACAGCAGAAUGCUUUUCUGGAGACCAAGAUCGUUUCUUUACAAUCCAUCAGAGGAAGAGUGGGAAGCCUAAGUUUAUUUUCCGGCACGUACAAAGUAUCGAGAAAAGCUUAGAACUCGAGAGUCAGAAGAUGCCUGAUCGGAACUUUCACUCGCCCACUCAUCUAAGAAUGAGCAAAUUUUUACCAGCAGCUUUUGUCAAAUCAGCCUUUCCACGGACAACUCAUGACCAGGCAAUGAAUUUGUUAGCUUCACAUGACCCGGAUGUUGAAGUAGAAAACCUUCCCAUUCCACAGGCUAAAGUGAUAUUGGUGAUGUUGAAAAUGGAUGUAAACAAAUUGAACACAACAUUGCUGCGGAGGUUUCGGCAGGGAGUUGCGGCAGCCCUAGGCAUGCUGCCACAGCAAGUUCACAUCAAUCGACUGAACGGUAAGAGGAAUUGUGUUGAGCUCUUCAUUUCUCCACUGAACAAAAAAAUUGGUGUUCCGGAGGCACUUCCUUCUGCCGAAGUGUUACGUUCGCUGAACUUGCACACCCUACACCAAAGAUUGUCCCAUUUUGGAAUUACUGAAAUAUCUGCAGAGAAAAAUGUUUUGCAAGGACAACAUGAAGCUGAUAAAAUAUGGACCAAAGAAGGAUUUUAUACCAUUGUCAUCUUUCUCAGCAUCUUUAUUAUAAUCGUGACAUGCUUGAUGGUUCUCUACAGAAUAAAAGAAAAGAUUCAGUUUUCAUUGAGACAGGACAAAAAAAAACAAGAGAUACACCUGUCGCCUCUCCCGGUUCAGCCUACACAGUCAGAAGCAAAGUGUUUGAGCAGUAUGGUUCAACAUGAGCAUCCCCACAAACCUGUAAAUGUUGUUGUAGACCCUCAGUGUCAAGGCACCUUUGAGAUUAGACUUCCUGUUUCUGCCGGACCAUCUCCAUUUAAAAUGAAACCUGUGGGCCUGCAAGAAAGGAGGGGUUCCAAUGUGUCACUUACCUUAGAUAUGAGCGGCUUAGGAAUCGUUGAACCUUUUAAUGUGGCUCCAACAUCUCGAGAAAAAGUAUCCAUCGAAUACCUACAGUCAGCCAAUCGUGUUCUGAGCAGACACCAGCUCCGUGACAAGGUCCAAAGCCCCCAUUUGCUUCACACUGAAUUCAUGGAAAUCCCAAUGAACUUUGUGGAUCCCAAAGAACUUGACAUUCCAAGUCAUGGAACUAAGAACAGAUACAAAACUAUAUUGCCUAAUCCAGUAAGUCGAGUGUGCUUGAAACCAAAGAAUGCAAAGGAUACUCUAAGCACAUAUAUAAAUGCUAACUUUAUCAAGGGCUAUGGUGGAACUGCGAGAGCCUUCAUUGCCACACAGGGACCAAUGAUCAACACAGUGAAUGACUUCUGGCAGAUGAUCUGGCAAGAAGACAGUCCCGUUAUUGUCAUGAUAACCAAACUGAAAGAAAAAAAUGAGAAAUGUGUUCUGUACUGGCCAGAAAAGAGAGGAAUCUAUGGGAAUGUUGAAGUCCUUGUUAAUAGUGUAAACGAAUGUGAAUACUAUACUAUCCGGAUUCUUACUUUGAAGCAAGGAAGCCAGUCACGCAUUGUGAAGCAUUACUGGUACACAUCAUGGCCGGACCACAAGACUCCCGACAGUGCACAGCCUCUGCUUCAGCUCAUGUUGGAUGUGGAUGAAGACAAGAAAGCAACUACUGGCAGGGGUCCAGUUGUUGUACACUGCAGUGCUGGGAUCGGUAGAACAGGUUGCUUCAUCGCUACAUCUAUUGGCUGCUGUCAGCUCAAAGAGGAGGGCAUUGUAGAUGUAUUAAAGAUCGUAUGCCGGCUAAGAAUGGAGCGAGGAGGAAUGGUCCAAACAAGCGAGCAAUAUCAGUUUGUACACCAUGCCCUGAGUCUCUACGAAAGCCGCCUGUCUACAGAAACCGUCCAGUGAAUGGAUACAAACUCUCACUAGUUAUCUUUUUACGGUAAUAUGAUUGCCAACCAGCAGUUUCAUGUGGCGUGAACCAGACUGCUUAAUGAGGUUUUGAAGACAACCUUGAAUGCGUUGACGGAAAGUCUGGAACGAUACGGUGGACAAUGAUCUGUCAUUGAAUGUAAAUGAACCGUGAGCUUCUGCAAAUAAUUAAGGAAGGUUCUUCUCUGAUAUACAGUAGUUGUAUGUAGGGUUUUCCUAUGUAUCUGAAAGAGGGAUGUAUUUCCGAAGUAGUUAUUUAUCUUUAAGAAUGUAUGUUCUACUGAUCCAGUCAAACAGUGGAUUUAUAAAGAUUUAUUCAGUGUAUAACAAAUAAACGUUUGCAAACUGUGUGUCUUGUAAAAUGGACUGUCAGUUGUCACUCUGUACCUGUCAAGUGCUAUUACACUUUAUGUGGGGACCUUAAUUUCUGACCACAUACGAUAUUUGCUGCUAGUCUUGCAAGUAGUCAGUUUAAUCGGUUUCUUAUUUAAAUAUAAAAAAAAAUGAAAAAAAAAGUUUCUUUUCUAAACUGUUUUAAAAUAACGGUGAAUAUUUUCUAUGGAGACGUGGUCUUGCUCGAUUAGCAAUUUGUGGAUUUUUAGUAGCAUAUGUAAAACAGCUACAGAGCACAAUGUCCGUGGAGAUGCAUUUAAUAUAUACUGUAAGGUGUAUUAUAACCUCCUCUUUUUUCCAGAUAAAUACAGUGUAUUUGUAAAUCAUGUGAGUUAUUUUAUCAAAGAUGUUUAUAGCAUAUAUUAAAAUCGUAAGAAUCUUAAAAAAAUAAAUAAAAAGAAGUCUUUUAUUAAAAAGUUAAUUUAUAAUGUGUUGUACUAUAUUCUUUUUAUUGUACUUGUUGCACGAAGACCUCUAGCUCAAUAUAAUAAUAUGUUCUGCUGGCCUACUUGCCAUAAGAUGGCUUAAGAGUUUUAUGGAUGCUUUUAAAGCGUAUAUAUGCUAUUUGAAGAGUCUCCAUCACCUAAAACAAACGUUAUGAUAAUCGAAGCAUAAAUAUAUCUGUAUGUAAAGAUUACAUUUUUUUUAACUUGGCUAAACUGUUUGUUUGUUUUUUGCAAAGACAUUUGAAGCUCUGUACUUACCUAUUCUAUCUCAUGUGCUAAAAAAUUUUUGUUUACAGUAUCCGUCGAUCUGAUUGGUUGCUUGUGUACUUUUUUUUAAUGUUUGUAUUUGUUUUCAGUUAGUUCAGAAAACAAGAAAUAAUAGGAGAUGUUGAUCCAAAAAAAUGUCUGUAGCAUAAUGGGUAAGUUGGAAUAUUUUAAAAAGUGUUUUAAUUAUUUUAACCAGUGAACCUUGUAAUAAAAUGUUAACAUUGCAUAUGAAUAAUGUUUUGUGCCCUCUCGAUUAACGUACAGGUGUAUUUUGGGUGACACAUAUACUUUAUACAGGUAAACCAAAUUUGCUGCUACAAGAGAUUUAGUUGCGUUCUUCUGCAGGAGUUUAAUGUUCUGUGAGUUUAUCAUUUACUUGCAAGAAUUGUUAAAAAUAUGUACACAGGAAUCUUGCAUUUUUAGUGUAAACAUGUUGGUACAUACUGCCAAUAAAAUACACUUGAUUAAAA